AUGCACACAAAGAACGCAGACUGUGAGAAAUCGCAGCAGCAGAAGCUCGAGGAGGACAUCAAGUCUCCAUGCACUCCCUUGUUUCACUGCAUCUCUGAUGUGAAUCCAAAGAGUGACAAGGCAACCAAUUACGGUUGCGCAAAGCCUCUUGAUUGGUCACCGCAGACACCAGAGACGUCACCGGUGAGCGUGGCAGAGCUGAGAGUGACGGUGGUGGCGGAUAUGUCCGAGGCGGAAACGACUUCCAAGAGUGUGACACAUGGCAAGGCCCCGCGCACAAACGAAGGUGAGGCGACCGCAUCGGGGACCGUAGAGGAGCCCGUUUGUGGCGUCGCUGCUGCAGGAGACGCUGCGCCCUCAGCGGUGCAACAGAAGACACAGGAGAGAGGACCAUCAGCGCCUGCCAAACACAAACGCCCGUAUGCUACCUCUGACGCCGUGCCAUCCUCUUCCUGUCACGUAGAUGCACUCGGCGAUCUCGCUGGCAGCGUCCGGCAGCACCACCCGAGCUCCACACCCACGCUGGACAGCAGUAGCAGCAGUGGUGGCGGCGAUGCGUCAAAGCACGCGGUAGCGGCGGGGAACGUCGAUGGGCCACUGCCUCCGCCACUGAGUGGCGUCUUCUUUCCCUCCACGGCCUGCGAUGCGGUGACAACUGCCUCCUUAGUGACCCUUAUUUCCUCCUACUGCGACGUUGUGACGCUGGUGCAGCUUAUGCGGGUGAACCGCUCGGCGCACCUGUUGGCGACGAGUGAUGCCGUAUGGAAGCCUCUUCUGGUGUCCAUGAACCUGCCACCUUUGCUAUCCGCCUACGAGCGGGACAGAGACUACUACGACUUCUUUGUCAAAGACGUCAUCACCACACGUGCUCUGCACGGACACUACACAUUUCAAGCCGCAAACGCCGCGUCAGGUAGCCGUGAAAGCGUAAGCACCACAAGCGGCUCAAGGUCCGCCGUCAUGAACCGCGACUAUAUGUCACGGGACGAGGACUCCCUUCAGGAUGAUAUAUUCAACAUUGCCUCACUGCAGCUGCUCAUCUCCGCUGCGUCGCUGGGUCAGUCAAACCACCUUAUUGGUCGCGUGCAGCUACUCCUCACGUAUAAAAAUGAAUCGAUGGAGGUGUUGCAAGGCUCCUGCCGCUUCUCCGUUCAUCGCCGCUGCUUCUCCCUCUGCUGCAGCGCUUUUGGUACGGUGAAGCGCGGGCCCGUCUUCACGGUGGCCGUCGCGACGGUGACGAAGCCAUGGGCGAAUGAGGGUUUUCAGCACUUCAGCGAGCACAAGAAUGGAAUUCGGCUAGUGAUGACACCGGUGCUGUGGGAGGGCCAGAGCCCUGGCUCGCAGAUUACGGAGAACGACAUUCUCGUCGUAAGUCGCCCCAAGCCGGUGCCCUCCUUGAUCACAUUGACGACGGGACCUGCGACGGCAAACAGCUCCCUGGACGCCCCCACAGCAUCACGCGGCUAG